AUGGUUUCCAACUUUGAACCAAGGUUGUUUAGGUUAUCCACUGAUAGAGGAGGUUCUUUAAGGUCUUUUGUUGAAAAGCAAGAUAGUACUGGUGGUUGGGAAAUUAGCUUCAGAAGGAAUUUAUUUGUUUGGGAGAAGGAGGAACUCAACAAGCUCAGCGAGGAGUUAUGUCUGGCUCCAUCACUAAAUGGGAAUGAUGAGGAUAAACCAGUUUUGUUAGCAGCACAAUCAGGUCAAUGUAUUGUUUCCACCCUCUAUAAGUAUAUAGAUUUGGAGGCUGGUGAGCAGUCUAUUGUUAGUAAACUGGUAUGGGUGAAUUAUCUCCCACCCAAAGUGCAAUUAUUUGGGUGGCUUGCAUGGAAACACAAGGUGAAACCAUCUGAUUUUCUGCAGAGGAUUGGAAUUUUGGAUGGAAGUGUGUCUUAUCAGUGUGCGUUUUGCAAUAAUGAGCUAGAAACAGUUCAGCAUGUGCUAAUUUAUGCCCUUUGGUUUGGAGGGUGUGGACUGAUUUGCUACAGUGGUGAGGAAUUAAAUGGCUGGUUCCUGAAUCAGGGGAAAGGUUGGUACAAUGGUGGGAUGGUAACAGAGUCAAAAAAAUCUAAGAGGAGAAUUUGGAUGGCUUUACCUCUAGUUGCCUUAUGGUCUUUAUGGAAGUAUAGAAAUGAUUGCUUGUUCAAUGGUAUACAAACAAUGAUGGGGGAGCUGAAGGAGGCAAUCAUCAUCAAAUUAGCAAUUUGGUUGAAGGCUUACUUCAAAGAGUACCAUGAUCCCUUUCAAUUGGCUGUUGUUUCUGAUGCUCAUUUUCUACUGAUAUGGGUUGCUGCUGGUUUUGUGUGGUUUUGGGUUAUUUGGUAUGUAUUAGUUUUGGUUAGCCUUUACUUGGUUGAGGUUGAUUUGGGUGUUUGUGGUUGGUUCCUCACCAACUCUUGA